AUGAUAGAAAAACUCGUCCUUGCACUGUUGCACGCGUCACGAAGACUGCGCCGGUAUUUCUCUAGCCAUGUUAUUACAGUACUCACUAAUUAUCAUCUAGGUCAAAUUCUGUCUAAACCCGAUGUCGCGGGGUGUUUGGCCAAAUGGGCCAUCGAGGUAGGAGGAUACAAUAUCCUAUACAAACCUCGACCGGCAAUCAAAGGACAAGUAUUAGCGGACUUCGCCACCGAAGUUCCAGUCGACAAAAUACAGGAAUGCGAGGCAAUCCAAAACCCUAUCCCAGUCUUCGACAAUAGGGUUUGGACGUUGCACACGGACGGAGCUUCUAACGAUGACGGUGCAGGCGCAGGCCUUCGACUGGUUAGCCCAGACAAUCACGAGCUCACAUACGCAAUACACCUAGAUUUCAAAAGCACAAACAAUGAGGCAGAAUACGAAGCAUUUCUUGCGGGCCUCCGUUUCGCACUUAAAAUGGAAGCAAAGAACCUCGAAGCACAUGUCGAUUCCAAGCUAGUGGUAGAACAAGUCAAUGGUCAUUACGACGCUAAGGGCGAAGCCAUGGCUUUAUAUUUGGAGCAAGCACGAACGCUUAUCAGCCAGUUCCAAACUUUCAAGAUAGUCCAUAUAAAUAGAGGUGAAAAUAAACAUGCGGACGCACUGAGCAAAUUGGCCGCCACCAGUUUCAAACAUCUAGCAAAAGAGGUCUGCAUCGAGGUAUUAUCUAAUCCAUCUGUUCUUCUAAGACAAGUGAACAUCAUCGAGGUCGGCAAUCCAUCCUGGAUGUCCCCGAUCAUUACGUACUUACAGCAUGGCAAACUUCCAGAAGGAAGAGCAGAAGCUAGGAAAAUCCAAAACAUAGCGCUGAACUACGAAAUGGAGGACGGUAUCUUAUACCGAAAAUCAUUCAUGGGUCCACUCCUACGCUGUGUCGAUAAAACGGAUGCGCAAUAUUUAGUCAGAGAAAUCCACGAAGGAUUAUGCGGGAUUCACGCCGGACCACGCAUGGUAGUGGCAAAGAUAAUGAAUGCAGGCUAUUAUUGGCCAGGGAUGCAUGUGGACGCAGUGGAACUAUUACGCAAAUGCGCAGCAUGUCAGCGCCACGUGCCAAACCCUCCGUCCAAAAAAAUCCCCUAG